AUGGAGCUCCUCAAAUUAGUGCCGAUCAACUUUGUCACCAUACACUAUGCGUACAUCAUCUUCAUGGGACUGCUUUCCAUCGCAGUCAUGCUUCCUGCAGGCAAUGUGAAAGCCAUCGAUGCUUACUUCUUCGGUGCCAGCGCCUCGACCGAAUCCGGUCUAAACACCGUUGAUGUGAAGGAUCUCAUGCUCUACCAGCAGCUUUACAUCUAUUUCAUUCCCAUUAUCACAAACCUUGGCUUCAUCAACGCUUUCACUGUUCUUGUGCGUCUGAUCUGGUUCCGCAAGCACCUUCAGAAAGUUGCUCCCAAAUUGCUUGAGCGUCGUCAGCGACGCAGUGAGUAUCCGAUGGGCAUCGGUCACGCCAAAGUCCUUUCACAAGAUGAGCCAGACUCCGCCCAAGAGGAGACUCACAAAGGCAAAGAGCAGUCGGAUGAGGCAUACGAAUCCGGGACACAUGAAGCUUCCCAGGCCCACGGAGCUGCGCACCCUCGGAUUAUUAUUGAUGAUUCAGCCAAGCCUCCGCGAGUUGAGGCAUCAGGGCAUGCCCCUGGACUCCAAGAAGGUGACCAAGGUAAGUCGCCACACCAAACUCAGCUAUGGUCCCGAUAUAGACUUCUUGAGAAUCCCCUGUACCCACCCUCUUCCCUCUGGGCUACAUGUGUUGCUCCCGACGCAGCCACAAAUCAGUCCUUUCAAGAGUUUUCAUCUAACCUUGGCUCAGAAAUCUCCGUUUCUGGCGAGGGAGGCUCCGUGUAUGAUCUUCGCCGCCGCCGCACCAAUGCCUCUCGCACUUCGCUAUCGAUGGAGAGCGUUUCCAACGUCGCGUAUGUCGCCAAAACAAUGUUAAUUCUAGACCCUAGCUCCAGUGAACACCGCUCGGAAUCCAACCCGCCAGGGCCUCGAGCACAGUUUCAGGAUGACAAGCUCCGCUUGUCUCGCCAUGUUACCAUCGGUCGCAAUUCUGAGUUUGUCGGUCUGACUAAGAAGGACUGGGAGAGGAUUGGAGGCCUAGAAUAUAGGAGUCUCAAGCUUCUUGUGAAGAUUGUAUUCUCCUAUUUCUUCGGCUUGCACCUUCUUGGUGUGAUGUUCCUUGUGGGCUGGAUCCAGUACGCCAAUCCCAAGUACAAAGAGUAUCUCGCCGAAACUGGACAGAAUAUGAAUUGGUGGGCCGUGUAUUCUGCCCAGACCAUGGUAGACAAUCUGGGUUUCACUCUUACACCAGACUCGAUGAUUUCGUUUCGCGAUGCGAUAUGGCCGAUGAUCGCAAUGAGUUUUCUAGCAUUUGCUGGCAACACCCUCUAUCCCGUCUUCCUACGUCUUCUUAUCUGGACCAUCUCAAAGGUCGCACCUAGAGACGCAUCGAUCCAGGAGCCACUAUCAUACCUCUUGAAUCAUCCCCGUCGCUGCUAUACAUUGCUUUUCCCGAGCCGCCCAACCUGGAUCCUCUUUAGCAUCAUCUUUUGUCUCAACUUUGUAGAUACACUUCUGAUUAUCGUCCUGGAUCUUUACAAUCCAGAAGUUGCCUCAUUGCCGGCUGGUCAGCGGCUCUUUGCGGCAAUCUUCCAGGCUGCCUCCUCUCGUCACACCGGAACUUCGACCUUCAAUCUUGCCAAUGUCAACCCUGCCGUGCAGUUCAGCCUGAUGGUUAUGAUGUAUAUUGCCAUCUUCCCUAUUGCCCUUGCGAUUCGAUCUUCCAAUGUAUACGAGGAGAAGUCCUUGGGUAUUUGGUCGCCCGAGGGCGAGUUGAACGAGUCAAACGGUCGGUCUUAUAUCAUGCGACACAUCCAGAACCAGCUCAACUUUGACCUGUGGUAUAUCUUUUUGGGAAUUUUCUGCAUCUGCAUUGCGGAAGCAGAGAGAAUCGCGGACGUCGGCGAGCCUCAAGUUGCCCCUCUUCUUAGUUGUCUCCCUUUACUCCCUUUACUCCCCCAAACAUCCUCCCCCCGAUUAAUACGCAAGUACGCUAACGGAAACGUGGGGUUGAGCCUCGGCCACCCAACCGUAAUGACCUCGCUCAGCGGCAUGUUCGGCACGUUCGGUAAGCUCGUAAUUUGUGCCGUGAUGAUCCGCGGGCGCCACCGCGGUCUGCCAUACACGCUCGACCGCGCCAUCAUGCUCCCGGAUGAGCAAUUGCUCCAUCUUCGACAGGAAGAAGAGGAGGCAUAA